GAUGGCGCACGCAGGGCUGCAGAUGCUGGGUUACUGUCUGGGUUUUCUGGGUCUGCUGGGUCUGAUCGCCUCCACAGCCAUGGCGGAGUGGAAGAUGUCCUCGUACGCCGGAGACAACAUCAUCACAGCACAGGCGCAGUAUGAGGGACUGUGGCAGUCCUGUGUGUCGCAGAGCACCGGCCAGCUGCAGUGCAAAAAAUACGACUCCCUGCUGAAGCUGCCAGGGGAGAUCCAGGGGGCUCGAGGGCUGAUGCUGACCGGCAUCUUCCUGUGUGGCCUGUCGACGCUGGUGUCUUUCGUGGGCAUGAAGUGCACAACCUGCCUUUCAGAAGCGCCACAGGUGAAGAGUAAAGUGGCUCUGGCUGGAGGAGUGCUGUUCAUCACUGGAAGGUAUGAGUUCGGGAAGGCUCUGUAUGUGGGCUGGGGCUCUUCAGCUCUCUCCAUCAUCGGCGGUUCCCUGCUCUGCUGUAUCUGUGGGAGUGAAGCUUCUGAAAAACCCUCGUAUCCUCCAGCGCGCGCAGCAGGACGCCCGGGAACUGACCGCGUCUGAACACACACCUGACUACAGACAAACCUGCGCCUGUGUGUGUGUGUGUUUGUGUGUGUGUGUGUGUGUGUUUAAUCUUCGCCUGUUUCCUGAUUAACCCUCUGCACUGAUGUAAAUGACCGGCUCAUCAUGACGCACUCAUUAAAGCUGAAGUGUGUGUGUUA